CGGCGGGAACGCUCGGGAGAGCCCACCGAGGACGUAAACAAACUAGCGCCAUUCUUCAUACACCCAUUAACGCUGCACUGUGAGACAUUUCGACAAUGACGUCCCAACAGCAGGAUGUGGCCAAACUUAACAUCUCCCCAGUUCUGUUUCUGACCGUGGACGGGGAACCCAUGACUUUCUUCCUGCGACCGGGUCCCGCUAAACGCAGGCUCCAGCCGCUCAUCACAGCCGGGUCAGGGGUGUUGUGCAAUGUGCAGCAGCCAGGGGCAAUCCUGCUGAUAGAGCCAGAGGAAAAAGGCUCUAUUCCUGAAACUAGUGCUCACUGCUUCGUGUCCAUCCAGUACAUUCUUGACUGUGUUGAGAAGGAUGAACAGCUGAAUUUAGAGGACUACAGGUUACAUCCUGAAGUAGUCCCGAGACAGUCUGCUAGACUCAACAAUAACAAACGUAUCUCAACUGGACACGUAGGAGGCAGGGUUUCCUACACCGCUGAAGAUGAUGCUGCCAUUUUGACUUAUGUCAGCAAGCACCAGAAAGAGACUGGGGGAAAUCGACUUUGGCAAAAUAUGGAGAAGCAGCGUGUGACCAGUCACAGCUGGCAAUCAAUGAAAUACCGUUAUAGAGUGCAACUGGCAAAGAGACAGUCAGAGGUUGUGGAGGUGGCAACAACAGAGGAAGACACAAAAGCAGAAGAGGGUGAGAGCAAGGUAGAAGGAAAUCAAGACACAGAUGUUCAAAACAACUCCAGUGCAGAAGAUUCUGCUUCUCCUCAGACACAUCCGACAGAAACAGACCUAACACAGAUAGAUGCCCAGUCCAUACCAUCUGAAAGCACACAAAUAGAAAUUGUAGAAGCUCAAACAUCCAUUCCUCCGAAAGAGGAAGAGCAACAUGUGGACCAACAAACAGACAAACAACCAGCUGAAAGCACACAGGUCGAGACUGUAGACGCCGAAACAUCGAACUCCCCCCAACCUGAGGGACCUUGUUUGGACCCACAGACAGAUGCCCAACCCGUUUCAGCUGAGAGUGCAGAAACAGAAGAACAACAAACAAUCAUUUCCCCACAAAAGAAAAGUGUGCUAGAGGGUUCUCCUCCAGCUGAGCCUGAGUCCCCGCCUGACACCUCUUCUCAGAAAAAGCCCAAAGAGAAGCAGAAAGCCUCCCCCAAGCAAGAACAACUAAAGCGAUCAACGCGGAGGGAGCUUGCGGUUGAGUUGUUUUCACUGUCUGAACCUUAUAGCAAAAAACUCAGAUCAUCAUCAACUUCUCCAGGGCGACCACCACCACCACCAUCAUCAUCAUCAUCAUCAUCAUCAUCAUCAUCAUCAUCAUCAUCAUCAUCAUCUCCUCAGCCCUCAAAUAAAACUAAAUCGGCCGCUAAGUCCACUCUUCAAAGGGACACAACAGAAGAUCAGCCGCCUUCUAAGAGAGCCAGAGGAAAGAGUGUUGCAGAGAGUCAACAGGAGGAGACGGGACAACCUGCCGUCCCUGAACAACAAACAGCACAAGCAGGUACAGCGUCUAAUGCAGUGCCACAGAAAAGAGAGAAGAAGAAAGAAAAGAGAAAGUUGGGGAUUCUAGAGAUGGCUACAAAGGAGUUUGAAGAUGCAAGUGAUUCUGAUGAAGAUGGAGGUCCAGAUCUCCAAACCCUGACUGAAACCGCCACGAUACAACCAACAUCAACAGAGCCAUCCCACCCAACUUCAGACACAGCUGCAGAUGUUGUUUUGACGCCGUCAAACCCUGAACAUGGACCCGGCCUCCAGGGGAACCCGCAAGAGGCCGAGGUCUCCAGUAGCAACUGCCGACCAAAGACCGGCUGCCCUGAAGCUGCGGCGACUGAGGCUGUGGAUGCAGCCCCCAAGGUCCACCUGUUCAUAUUUGACCGUGAAUCUCAGGAGGAAUACUCUCAGUCCAUUAUUGGUGAUAAUCCAAUAGCACCGUCCAAACCACAGCCAACAGUGAACACAGAUGCUGCACUUUCACUGACCCAGGUCCAGCUGGAAGAGGACAAGCGGCGAAUCAAAGAGCUGAUGAACCAGACUAACCAGGACUUAGUGAGUGUGACCAAAGCCCUGUUGAAGACCAGCGGAGACUUCUCUGCUGCUCUGGAUCGGCUUUUGAAUCCCUCCUCCAUUUCAGGAUCAGUUUGGAGUCGCUGUGACGAUGGUCUUUUGUGCUCAGCUGAUCCUGUGGUCCGACAGCAGCUGCAAGAGAAAUACAGCGAAGAAGACGUGGCCAAAAGAAUCGUAUUCCUCGAGGUAGAAAGAUGAAAAUGAAAGACAGGUUAGCACAGAUAGAAAUAAGGAGAAUAGGAGAUCAAGACAUAAGGGGCAGACUCAGCAUUUAUACAGCUUAACUAGUGUGAAACUUGUGAGCUGGUCAGCUGAUAUUGGAAUCUUUCAGCAUGAAAACUACUAAUACACUUCAUUUCUGCUCCUCCUGACUGACUUUGAAAAGAUUAA